AUGUCUCCAGAUCGGUUGUCUCUCGAAGCACGCCACGCGCAACCACAAAGUCCGUGCUUCGGCGGGCUUCUCCAUUACGGCAAUGCACAACGGACGAGAAGAAAAAUUGGACUGUCAUCGAAGACAAACAUUGACGAAGCUAGUGCUGCGGAAAUACGCCUGAACACAGAGCGCCGUGUCCAAGUGAUCCAAUGGACAUGGUCUGUGAGCUCGCAACAUGACAAAUCACGAUUUAUGCGGCUCCGUUACAUCCGGGCAAAGGUACACGCUGUCUCUCUCAACUUCCGUGAUCUGAUCAUCUCCAAGAACCAGUAUCCGCUUGACCUCAAGCAAAGCGAGCUCAUUCCCGUCUCGGACGGUGCCGGUGAGGUCGUCUCAGUCGGCAGCAAGGUGACCAAGUGGAAGAAGGGUGACCGCGUCGCCGGCAUCUUUACUCAGGAGCACCAGCACGGCUCGACGCCCAGCAAGGACGAGGCCAAGACUGCCCUCGGUGGUAGCCGAGACGGCAUGCUCGCCCAGUACGUGGCUCUGCCACACACGGGUAUCGUACGCAUCCCUUCCCACCUUUCCUUCGAGGAGGCCGCCACGUUGCCUUGCGCUGCUUUGACCGCCUACAACGCCCUGUACGGUAUCCCCACCGAGCAGCUGCGUGCCGGUGACACUGUCGUUGCCCAAGGUACGGGUGGUGUCAGCGUCUUCGCGCUCCAGCUUGCUGUGGCUGCUGGCGCCAAGGUAGUCAUCACCUCGUCGUCGGACGACAAGCUCAAGAAGGCGCUCAGCCUUGUGCCCGAGAGUCAGCGUCACCUUGUCACCACGGUCAACUACAAGACCAACCCUGACUGGGACAAGGUGGCUCUCGACGUAACCCAGGGCAAGGGUGUCGACCACGUCGUCGAAGUCGGAGGCCCCGGUACGCUCGAAAAGUCCUUCAACUCGAUCAAGCGCGGUGGUGUCAUCUCCACCAUCGGCCUUGUUGCUCAGGGUGAGGCUCCCAACGUUGCCUACCAUGCUCUGCUCACAGGUGCUUACUUCAAGGGUGUGCUUGUGGGCUCGCGAGAGCAGUUUGAGCACAUGAACCAGAUCUUCGAGGACCACAAGAUCAAGCCUCUCGUCGACAAGGUGUUCCCCUUCGAACAGGCCGAGGAGGCUUACGCCUACCAGUGGAGCCAGGCUCACGUCGGCAAGGUCGUCAUCAAGGUGCAGUAA